AUGAACGUUGUAAUAAAGUAUAUUUCAUUAAUAUUUUCUAAUUUUCCAAGGUCUUGUGUCACUGGUUUCUUGUUUAAUUUUGCUUCAUACUUUUAUUGGCUUGUUGUCCCAUUAAAAUGUGUUGAUAUGGGAGGAUCAACAUUAGACCUAUCAUUAUUACAAGUAGUUGCUUUUGUUAUUUAUUCAAUUCUAUCUCCUUUUUGUGGUAAAAUAGGAGACAAAUUUAAUCCUUUUAUAGUCAUUAGAAUAGCAAUGUGUUUCUUUGUUGUUGCGGUUACUCUUAUUUUAAUUUUCCCAGAGAAGUUUUUUGUUCUUUAUAUUUCUGUAGCAAUUUGGCCUUUUUGUACAGCUUUUUAUUGGCCAGUAACUACAGGAACAGUAGGAUUUGAAGCUCCAAUAGGUUGUGAAAAUAGAAACACUUCACUAUAUCAGGUUUCAUGGUCAAUUGGUAAAGCCCUAGGAUUUUUAUUUGGUGGAAUGUUAAAAGGGGCAUUAGGGACUAAUGCCUUGUAUAUUUGUAUUGGUAUUGUGGUAGUUAAUAUGAUUCUUUAUCCAUAUCGUUAUCCAAAAAGAAUUCGUGAUAAGUUAAAUGCAUUAAAAAGUAAAAACAAAAAAGAAGAAAAAGAACCUAAAGAUGUUCAUGUUGAAGUUACAAUGGUUCCUCAAAAUGAACAUGAGGCUGAUGACGUAGAAAUUCCUACUGAAAUGUUAAAUCAAAUUAAUGCAGGAAAAUCUGUUGAAGAAAUAAAAGAACAACAUAAAGAUACACAACAACCUCAAGAAAAAAUAAGUGAUUUUAAGAAAUUAAGAAUUAAAUGGAAUUCUCUUGAUUUAAAGAAUAAAACUUAUAUUUAUCUUGGUUAUAUUAUGCAACUUGGUGUUUAUGGUACUUCUGCAAUUCUUUCUAAUUCAUAUGUAACUUUAGCUAAAGAUAAAGAUAUUACUAUUCCAUUUGGACAAAGUCCUGUUGAAAUGUAUAUUGGAAUUCUCUUUUUCUGUUAUUUUAUAGCUCAAACACUUGUUAUGUCAGUAAUGUCUUUUUCUACCUUCUGGGUUUAUUUAAGGAGUUUAUUCUUAUUAUUCCAAUUCUUUUAUUUAAUGUUUUUGAUUACACUAGGUCUUUCUGCUCAACCAUAUGUUAAUUGGUUCUUAGCUUUUAUGGGUGGUUUAGCUGGUGGAUUUGCUUAUCAAACAUCAACAUAUUAUUCAAUGAGAGCAAGUGAAGCAAGUAAAUCAAUGUUUGUUGGAAUUAGUGAAUGUGUUGGUGGUUUAGGAAAUGCAUUAUUACCUUUAAUAAGUGGAUUACUAUGUACAGGAUUUAAUGAUAAUUAUGUCCAAAUCUAUAUUGCAAUAGGCUUUGUGAUUAUUUGUAUUAUUCUUCAAGAAUUUGUUUAUCAUAUUGGUUAUUUUAUCAAUAACAAAAGGCAAGCAAAACGAGCUGAUCCUACUGCAGGUUAUCAUGAAUAUACUCCAGAUCAACCAAAGAAUGUUUCAACUCCUCAACCAUCAACCGUUCCUGAACCAAAACAAAAAGGAGAUAAUUUGGCUAAUGUUAAUUCUUCAAAUACUCAACAGAUUGAAAUGGAACCAAAUUAA